UUUUUAAUGCUUGUUUUAAUGUUUUAAAGACCUACUAUCGCUCGGGAGGAACACAAUAACACCAGUUAUUAGACUUGAAACCACGCCUACUGGCAAACAAUUGCACUAUCAUGAAAUACACAUAUUUUCUCAAAAACGAAAGACUAGUAAAAUGGCGGAACUCCUACCCAGUGAAGUACCACUAAAGAAGAGGAAGAUUGAGGCUCAGUCCCCAGACCAGAAGAGCUCCUGCAGGCUGGUGCCAGUCAGCCUGUUGAGCUUCCCUGGACUACAGCUACAGAUCCCCCCAAACACCGACACCAGCCUGCCCAUAUGGGAGAGUGUCAACAGUACUCAGGGACGGGUGCUGUGGAAUGUGACUCCGUACAGCAUCACCAUCCAGAUUACCCCUCUCACCACCCAGGAAGCCCAGAGCAAUGACCCUGUAACUCCACCAUACUGCAAGCCUAAGAUUCUCCCACGACAGACUCUCUUCGGUCAAGGCCACAACACUGAUCUUCCCUCCGUGAAUCUCAAGCCAGCAGCCAAAACCUUUUACACCAAGUCCUCAAAAUACAUCCACAUCUGCAAUGACUUCCUUACUGGCUCCUGUCAAUACAAACUCAGUUGCAAGCAGCACCACACACCUUACCCUUUCCACUGGCAGCUGAGGUGCAAGGACACUCAGCAAUGGGUCAACAUUUCUCUCUCCGCUCAGGUCAGACUGGAGAAAUUGUACUGUGAUCCAGGCCAAGAAACCAUCAAACUGCAGGACAAGACAGAAGUGUUCAAACUUCACGUGGACACCAAAAAAGUGCACUCGGUGAAAUAUAAUAAAGCCAGACGACUCUCCAGCAACAUUGAUCCAGAAAUCAGCCCUUACUUCCACACAGAGUGGAGCUUCUAUUGGUGGAAUGGUGGCAACUGGGUAAAGUAUGAAAAAGACGUGUCCAAGCAGCUUCAGGGUGCAUUGGAGGUAGGUGAGACAAGCUAUGGGUUCUACAUUGGGGCGCAGCUGUACGAAGUGGACUUCAGUAGUCAGACCCAGAUGAACCUCACCACCAAGUUCCAACGCAAAAUACGAUGGAGACCCACUUUCCGCUCACCCUUCUCUAUCACAUCAAAAUUGAAGACAGUCGUCCUGGCUGGGGCCUCCCAGAAUGUUGGACAGAUUCUUACGAGCCUCAGUGUGGACCCUCUGCAGGAGUUCAGCAGCUGGUACCCUCCUGUGUGGACUCUGAGCCCAGACCAGAUCUUCAGUCUGGUGGAGGUGCCACCCACUGCCAAAGCCUACCAAAGUAUCCAGUGCCUGUUCCACAGCACCAUCUCUGAGACCAAAGCAGAGAUUGUCAGCAUUCAACAGGUUCAGAACUUCUUUCAUUGGGACAAGUAUAGAAGACAGAAGGAGCACAUGCAGAGCCGCAGCACAGCCCAGAGCGGGUCUCUGGAGCGACACCUGUUCCACGGGACCACUGAGGACUCCGCCAAGGAGAUCUUUCUGAACAACUUCGACCCACGAGUGUCAGGGAAGAACGGGGUGGUAUAUGGCCAGGGUAGCUACUUCGCCCGAGAUGCCAGUUACUCAGACAAAUAUGCACGUGCCUCAGGUGAAGAGAACUGCCAGCACAUGUUCCUUGCCAAGGUGCUGGUGGGUAAUGUGACUGUUGGGAAGACUAAGUUCCAUCGCCCACCCCGUCUCAGCCCCGGGACAUCAGGAUUUGAGCUGUAUGAUACCUGUGUUGACCGGAAGGAAAAUCCUUCCAUCUUUGUGGUAUUUGACAGCUGCCAGUGUUAUCCCUAUUACCUGAUCAGGUACAAAGCAGUGUCUGAUAUUGUAAACAUCUGUGAAUAAAAUGCAAAGAUGAAUCCUGAAGUGGCACACCUUUCAGCUGUUAUGUUUGGCUUGGUGGUCACACUGUCUGAAGUAAAGAUUAUGUUGUCAGUGGUGGGUUCACUGCAUUAGUAAAAUAACUAUCACUAUAUACUGUGAUCCUCCUGGUCCACCUCUGAUUUUCAGACUAAUCAGUGCUGGGGUAGCCAGCAGAGGGCAGAAAACUAAUGAAGAGAAUGUUCUCUGCAGUUUGACAGUGACAGUGAAAAGGGCAAAGAUGUUUACAAUCAUGAUGACCGUAUAUUGAGUGAAAUUGCAGGUUAACAUGAGGUGAUAUACCAGAAUAGUUGGUAGUUCCCAAUGAUACUGCAGAUAUGCAUGUAUAUUCAAGCAUAACUUAAAGAUCACGCUACACAAGAUGUUACUAUUGUGAAGGUGUUAUGUUCCUGUGUUCUGUCUGUUAGUUUAUCAUUGUUUAUUAUCAUUAUUCUUGUAAUAUAUUAUUUUUCAUAAUUCAUGUCUGGUUCUGUUUAUAUUAAUUAGUCUUUGCACUCGUCUUCCCCUGUGAUGUCGGAAUGUUUACUAGCCCAGUCACUCCCCUGUCUGCGUGCCCCACUAUUCGGGUGUUUACAGUAGUUCCGGGGUUCAACCUUCCUUCCAGUCUUGCAUUCCUUACUUCCUGCUUUCUCUCCAUUUCAUGUUUGUACAUAGCACUAGUAUUCGCACCUGUCUCUCCGUAUCUCUGCAUCUCCUGAUUCUCUGCAAAUUUUCAACUCCCUAGUCCGGAGCCAUUUGUAUUACAUGUGUGUCUUUGUGAAUCCAGCCCGCGUUUUAAUUUCCCCCUCGUUAUUGUCCUAUUACCCUUUCAUGUGUCUCGUCUUGUCCUGUUUCUUGAGUCCCAAGCCCUUAUUCCUUCCCCCGGUUCUAGCCUCCUUGUUCCUGAGUCCUUGCCCUUAUUUCCGGUUUUGACCCCUGGACUCUUUGCUUGUUUUGGAUUUCUGUACCACUGCUUUGUUGGACUGACCCCCUGGUUUUUGACUCCGCUCUGUCUGCCCCUGCUUUUGAAAUUAAACCUGCCAUUUUUCCUGCACCCCUGUCGGCUUUUGGUUCUUCUGUUCCCCCCCGGUGUAACAGAAGGACCUUCAAUAAAACUUAUAAAUAUCA